UUUUCACUUGGAGAGAGAGAGAGAGAGAGAGAGAGAGUGGCAGAUGCAAGAUACAGGCUCCGGCCUUCUCCUUUUCGUUGUAUUUGCUUUUGCGAAAUCUCUGCUUACCCUUAAUCGUCUGUUUUACUUGUGUCGCCGAAGAUCCAAUUGGUUUCCUUAGUUCGUGAACCCACCUCUACCCUCUCACCCUCUACCCCUCGCUACCUCUGUAGCAUAAUUCAUGAAGCGAUGAAGGUUUUGGGGGGUUUGAUGGGUUUUGAGGAGUGUCGCGGAAGAAGGGAUCAUCAAAUGGGAAUGACGAACACGAAUGGUCCUAACGCAACUUCUUCUGGAAGUAGUGAAGGGAAUUACGAGACUCAGGUGUACCUGAAUGUAUAUGAUCUCACCCCUAUCAACAAUUACAUGUACUGGUUUGGGUUGGGUAUCUUUCAUUCUGGAAUUGAAGUAUAUGGUGUGGAGUAUGGAUUUGGAGCUCAUGACUUCCCAGCUAGUGGAGUGUUUGAAGUGGAACCACAGAGUUGCCCAGGUUUUGUCUACAGAUGCUCAAUCUUGUUGGGCCGUUUAAACAUGCCAGCUUCUGAAUUCCGCAAAUUCAUAGAGAAUGUUUCUUCAGAAUAUCAUGGUGACACUUAUCACCUCAUUUCCAAGAAUUGUAAUCAUUUUACAGCAGACAUCUCAUAUAGAUUGACAGGGAAACGAAUCCCUGGAUGGGUGAACCGACUUGCUCGAGUAGGUGCCAUGUGCAGUUGUCUGCUUCCUGAAAUCCUUCAAGAAUCCACUGUUAAACAACUGCCUGAUGACUACGUGUUCUCAGAAGAAGAUAUUCCAGAGUCUUUCUCAACCAACACACAUGAGGCUGCGGAAAGCGAUGAUGCAGAUCAAGAUAAGCAUCUUCUUUCAGCAUCGAAUGGUGUUGCAGGACUGUCUUUUGUCAAAGAGGUCCAAAGGUGAACCUAACCUAUCUUGAGAAACAAAAAACAGACAUUGAUUUGUCUUAGUUUUAUGCCAAUCCUUGUCAAGGGAGCCAGUUUAGGGGAGGAUUUCCACCUACUAUUUUGAAGUCAGAACAUAAAUCUUCUCAUUUCCACUCUUUCUUUUUCCUCAGCUGUUUUAAAGAGUCCUGCUAUUUUUUUUUGGUUUGUGUGUUGUAAUUUGUUCAUAUUUGAUUAAUUAUCAGAGAAUCAUUUGUUUGUUCUGGA